AUGUCCUAUGCGGCGUCUCCAAAGGAACAGGAGUAUCUCUCCCGCUGUGUAGAGCUCGCACGAGAAGCGCUGGAAGCCGGUGAUGCACCAUUCGGAUCUGUCCUCGUCAACGCAGCUGGAGAUGUGUUGAAAGAAGACCGCAACCGCACCGUGACUGAGUCGAACGUCUCUCUCCAUCCGGAGUUCACGCUCGCGAUCUGGGCACAGAAGAACUUGUCGCCCGAGGAAAGGUCCACCGCUUCAGUCUACACUUCUGGCGAGCACUGUCCCAUGUGCUCCGCCGUCCAUGCGAACGCCGGAUUGGGCCCAAUAGUCUACGCUACCUCCUCGCAGCAGCUUGUGCAGUGGAAGCAGGAACUGGGUAUGAAGGCUGGAGCAGUCAGUGCGCUUGCAAUCAACGAGGUGGCGCCGCAUCUGAAAGCCAGUGGCCCAGUCGAUGCCUUCGCUGAGGAUGUGCACGAUCUGCAUCGCAAAUUUCAGUCCCGGUUGUCUGGUUGA